UUGAAUUUGAAACACUUUCCUUUGAUCAGGUUUUGUUGUUGCCUCCGCUGUAAAAUUUUAUGCAGUUCAUUGAAUUGGAAAUUUUGGGGUUUGGUUUGAUUUGAUUUGGACAUGAUGUAAAAUUGCAAUGCAAUCUUUAUGUACUUAUCUAUAUGAAGGUAAAAGUAACGUGGAGAUCCUUGUACUAGGAGUUGGAUUGUAUUUUGACCUAUUUAUUCAAAAAAUGAAUAAAUUAGUCCUGUAUAUUAGAUUAGAGAGCAAACUAGUUUUUAACAAUAGAACUGGAUGAAAAUUUUAAGAGAUAGAUUAAUUUGCUCUCAAAUCUUAACGAAUAGGGACUAAUUUACCUAAUUUUUUUUAGUAUAGAGGGCAACAUACAAUGUGAGUCCUAGUAUAGGAGCUUUCAUGGUACUUUUACCAUAUUUUGUAUUAUUGGUUUUGUUGGCGGACAUAAAUUGCUCCUAUUGUAUGAUAAGACAUUGAGCUGUAUGCAAUAGAGUUCUUAUGCCUAUAUUGGCGUUAUGUUCUCGGCCAUGCAAAACCGGUGUUGAUUCGUGUUUUUAUUUUCUUGUGGCAGAAGCGUAUGGGAUUUGCAUAUAUGAUGGGGUGUUUUACAGUUUUGAAAAGUAAGAAGAAAAAGUCCGAGCAGGUAGUUUUUGUAAAGCCGAUUGCUUGUAAGGAGCUUGUGCCCACAGCACUGCCUGAGCCCCAAGUUCAGACCCGGUCAUUGCGGUCGGCGCCCCCAAGUUUUAGAACCAGAGUGAAACUGAUUCAUCUUAAUAAUAAGACAACCUGUGAUAGGACGCAUGCAUUAUCUGCACCAUCAAGCUUUGAUGCUGCUGAGCAAGAUGCACUGACAUUUGCUGAAUUCGUAGAACAGGAAGAGUUCAAAAGUCAUGUUGGAUUAGUGAAGGAACCGAGGUCACCAAGUCCGCAACCUCUUCCACUUCCUUCUCCCCGUGGUACCGUGUUGAAGACAAUGGGAAGCUUUAAAUUAGCGAAUGCUAGUGUCCCUUUGGUUGCUUCCGGACCAUUGCCCCUGCCUCCCUGUGGAACACUACGAAACUUUGGUUACGAAGAAAUCGCUGCAGCUUGCCAUCAUUUCGCUUCUGAUAGAUGCAUAUCCGAGGGUCUUUCUUUUGUUAUGUAUAAGGCUUCUUUUGGAGAUGAUGCAUCGAGUUCAAAGAAGUUUGAAGCUACUGUUAUUCGCCUUAACUCGUCUACUCAGGGUUUAAGGGAGUUUAUCAACGAAGUAAACACUCUUGCAUUGUUGCAAAAUCCAAACCUCUGUAAAUUGCUUGGAUACCAUGCACGUGAUAGUUCGGAACAAAGAAUGUUGGUCUACGAGAGGCUGUUUCAUGGAAGUUUAGAUCGGCUUUUAUACGGGAGGUCUGAUGGACCACCACUUGAUUGGAAUGCCCGAACGAAAAUCGCUUUAUGUUCUGCACAGGGUCUUGCUUUCUUGCAUGAGGAAGGACCGUUUCUGGCAAUGUACAAUGAAUUUUCAACUGCCAACAUACAAAUCGAUAAAGAUUUCAGUGCAAAGCUAUCGGGAUACGGGUGUGUUGGUCAUAUACCUGAGACGGGAGGGAUUUCUGUUAAUGCAGUUGCUGUGGCAAAUCUUUCAGUCGAGACCUUGGAGAAAGGAUGGUUAACUCCAAAGAGCAACGUUUGGAGUUUCGGAAUUGUCUUACUGGAAUUAGUUACUGGCCGGAAAAACCUCGAUAACCGUUAUCCUAAAGAAGAGAGGAACUUAGUGAAAUGGAGUCGGCCAUUCUUAGCCGAUGGUUAUAGAUUAUCACUCAUCAUGGAUCCUCAUCUUAAAGGUCGUUUUCCUAUGAAAGCGGCUCGCACUAUUGCUGACAUUGCACAAAGAUGUCUCCAAAAGGAUCCAUCCGAAAGACCGACAAUGAGAACCGUAGUUGAGAAUCUCAAAGUCGUCCAAGAUAUAAAAUAUUCGUGCUGGUUUCCGUUACAAGAGCCAGCGACAAUUGUCGGAAAACAAAUGUCAAGGUCACCUAGUUUUAACGGGGUUAUUACUCUGGCACCUGGGUUAAGUUUCUUACCAUCGCCACCGUCAAGAACCGGACUAUUCAUUUCUCUGACAAGACCACCUACUUCGGUAUCGGCACUUCCGUCCCGAGCUUGUUCUUCUACACUUUCAUUACAAGAACUUGAAAGGCAAGAAGCUAGAAGAUCAGCAGCAACAACCAUUGGAAGGACUAGCGUGGAAGUGGAAGGAUUUUGAUUGUUUAUAAAUAUGGAUUUAUUUCAUUUGUUCCAUUUAAAAAAAAAAAUUAUUCAUUUCAAUCCAACAUAUACAAAAAUUAUUCAUUUAAAUUCUGUAUAUAAGAGUGAAAAUCUAAUCUGAAAAUGGAUCCAUUAUUUUGUGCCAAUCCAUAUUGUUUAUGGUAAA